GUUGGUGGACCAUCAUGGACGGUGAGACUUGGAAGAAGAGACUCCACUACAGCGAGCCCAAGCUUAGCCGAUAGAGAUCUUCCUAGAACUACAGCUGCGCUUGGAGACCUCAUUGACUUGUUCAGCAGAAAAGGUUUGAGUGAAAGAGAUAUGGUUGCCCUUUCAGGAUCACAUACACUAGGCCAAGCAAGAUGUGUGACCUUCCGAGGCAGAUUAUACGACAACUCAAGUGAUAUUGAUGCUGGCUUUGCUAGCACCCGAAAACGCAAUUGUCCAGCUGCUCCUGGGAAUGGAAAUAAUAAUCUUGCACCACUUGAUUUGGUUACACCCAAUUCUUUCGAUAACAACUACUUCAGGAAUCUGAUUCAAAGGAGGGGACUUCUUCAAUCAGACCAAGUGCUCUUCAGUGGUCAAUCUACAGACAGCAUUGUUACUGAGUACAGCAGGAACCCUUCCCUUUUUAGUUCUGAUUUUGCCGCUGCCAUGUUAAGGAUGGGAGAUAUAGAACCGCUAACUGGUUCUCAAGGAGAGAUACGAAGGAUUUGCAGUGUCGUCAACUGA